GGGGAACAAGACAGUUCCUGCUGUGGAAAGAAACAGAGUGCAUGGUUAACAGGGAGUGAAGGAUGAUGGCCUGCGGAGCUCAGAUGCUGCUGUGCCUCAUAGCUCUAGCUGUCCUGCCACCUGACUGGCUGCUGCCUGUGGUCACUGCUCAGGAACCUCCUGAAGACACAACAGUUGUGCCUGAUCCUGGAGAAAAGGUAGAAGACGGGCCAGAGGAUGAUCAUAUAGCACCCCCUGAGUGCCACGAAGAGCAAUUUCCUUGCACACGUUUGUACUCUGUUCAUAAGCCUGUGAAGCAAUGCAUCAGUUAUUUAUGUGUUACCAGUGUCCGUCGAACAUACAUGAUAAACAAGGAGAUCUGCUCUCGUAUUGUCUGCAAAGAAGAUGAAGCCAUGCAGGAUGAGAUCUGCCGCCAGCUGGCUGGCCUACCACCACGCCGCCUCCGCCGUUCUGGUCAACCUCAAAGACCACUCUGCAGACAGGCUAAGGACCAACAACGGAACGUUAUUGAUCCUCAGUGAACAACACAUUGUAGGAAUGUUUCAGAGGAGGAGGAACUGAAACUGAAACAAUCUGCUAGUGACAACCCAACAUAAGCUUGCUUUCUUCCCACUUUCUUGCCUUGUGAGAUGUUCCACUGCUGGGAGCUUCCUUGCCUGCAUGUCACCAGUGGCAGUUGAUUUCACCUUUGGAAUGUGAUACUAAGACUUUCAUAUGCUCUUGCUAAUGUGUCACUCUUGAUCAAGUGCUGCUUAUAUAACACAACAUAUACAUACAUAUGCAUAUAUCCAAAGAUAUGAAGCAAGCGAGAUCAUGCCAACCCCAAUGCUUGUCUUGUCAUACUCAGUUCCAGAUCCAGCUUGCCGAGAGAUACUGUCUGUGACAUAUCUGCUGCUACAGUUAAUUUGCAUAGGGCUGAUAAUGCACAGUUCUUGUCCUUGUCCAUCUUGUGUCCAUAGACAAGCCACCCUGCCUAAAGGGAUGGACAGAAUCCCUCUGGCCUAUCUCACCUUAAGUAUGCAGGCUACGUGCAACUACAAUUCAUGUUUCAGAAAUGACAUAAAGAAGCAAGCACAAAAUAAUGAUGGUCAGGAGCCAUUCAGCUUAAUUUCAGCAUUGCUUUGCAGUAGGAAGGAAACCACUCUUUUGCACACACCACUUAAAUCACUGUGAAGCCUGCUUAGGGAUACACCAGUCUCCACUUGAGAAGUCUGUUCAGAACAGUUGUUCCACAGUAAUAAAAUGGGACUAAAGCAGUGCAGACUGGGCUCUGGGGGCCUCUAGGGAUUGACUGCAUAUGAUAGAACUCCAGGGGAACAGCAAGAAUAGGAAUAUGUUUUAGGCUCUUUGUGCUGCAGUGAUGGAGGGACACCUAAAUGCACUGGACCAUCUGUGCCCCUCUCUGAAAGUCUCCACACUUAGCUCUGUUCUAAUACAGACUUCCUUAGUUUGGCGCUCUCCAGACGUGUUGGAUUAUAACUCUCAACAUUCCCAGUCAGCAUGGGAAUGAUGGGAGUUGUAGUUCAACACAUCUGAAGGGAACUAGGCUGGAGAAGCCCGUUCUAAGGUGUGGUGACAUCACUACAGCACAUGAGCAAUAUCACCUCUGCUCUAAAUUCUAUUCCAUCUCCACUGUACAUUUUGAAUUUCUUAAUUCUCAUAAAUCUUUUGGUGGGGAUGAUACAUUUCCCCAAGAAUGGGACUGGGAUGAAUAUAGUCCAGGUCUGUGCUAGAGCAGACAGAAAUGCCACAGUUGCCAUCAUUACACUGCAAGGUUAGGCAGAAGUAGGCAUUAGCUAAUCCUUAAACCAAGGUGUGUGCUCUUUAGUGUACUGGCAGGUGCAGUGGUGGUCACAUUCAAAACAAAAGUGAAACCAGGACAAAGGUGCACAUCUUGGGAAGGAUGGGGUCUGUGUCCCUUCUUAUACAGUGAUCCUAGGACCUUCUUAAAAUAGCACUUCCAGAUGAAUAGAUCCUAGCCACCAAUCAAAAAGCAUUGUGCAGCUGUUCUACCUUUUCCAUCCUAACAAAGUUUUUGUUAUUAAGGAAAUUAAGAAAGAAGCUGUGGAAAAACAUUGGAGCAUUGCAAAUGGAAGACUAAACUGUUUCAAUGGCCAUUGGCUCAGCAAAAUUCUGUGUUUGUGGCAGGACAAUUGUGCAAUGAAAGCCGUGUCUGAAAGCACCCUAGCAAUGGUCUCUCAUUACUGAUUUACUGUGGCUAUAAAUAGACAAUUGUUUGGAAGAGAGCGGUACUGGGUAUCAAAUGGCCAUUAUUGAUGAUGGCAUACAUAUUCAUUUCUUCUGUUCUGUCAUUGUCUUUGGCCAAAUACUUGGUCCUGCACAAGCUGGUUGACACCAUUUAUCGCUCUGAAAGUUUAGAAUUCCUUUGCUAAGCUCCUUUGAGCUCCAUCCUACAUUAAACCUGCCCAGUGGUGAUGCUUCCUUUUACUUGUAAAACAGCAGAUACAAGUUCAUGAUACUUAACUGAUCUAGGUUUACACAGUAACCCAGGUAUCUGCCCUUUUCCCUUAUACCUUCUCUUUUGGGCUGCUUUUCCAAGUCUCUAUUCAAGAUGGCUCAAAAUGAUCCAUGCUGCCACCUGAUGCCAGAAAUUUAUAUAUACUGAAUUUACUAGAACUGAUGCAGCCAGGACAGCAUUAUCAAAAUUGCUGUAUGCAUAAUUAUUUGUCCACUUAAUAUAGGCAGGAAAAAUGCUGUCCCACUGAAGCAGAAUGGCAGAAGAAAACCAGUGUGCCAUCCCUUCUCCAUGCGACAUGGCAUAGGAAAAAAAUACAGCAAAAGAAAAGCAGAAACAUUCUGAUAUGGCCAUCAUCAGUUGCCAUUUCUGAUGUCACUAGUUGGGUGAAUGCAGUGACACGUGUCACAGUUCUGCCUUACAUAUCACCUGCUUGCUCAACCCACAUUUUAAUCAUCUUUCAUGAAGAAGUGAACGGCAAACUUGGUACACAUCAGAUCGCUAUGACAAGUAGUUAGUUGCACAUGAUGGCUACCUCCAUGGUGCUACCGUGUUUAUAUGAACUAGGUUUUCAUUCUCAUAUAUUUCCAGGAGUGUUAUUAAACAAUAUGGAAUAUUGACCUUUUCCAGCAUUUGUUAAGUCUUGGCCAAAUGAGUGUAUGGUUUCUACUGGAAAGCAUAUUUUGAGUUGUCAUCAAGAUGAUGGGGACCUCUACUGCUGGCACUUUAUUCACAUCUGGAUUCACUAGAUGCUGUAGCCGGUGAAUGGGGAACUGCAUAUGUGAACCAGCUUUUAGGUGCUAUAUGGUUAGGCGAGUUCAUUGAUAAAGCUGCUGGCCUUUUUAAUGAAAAGCAUUGGGCUCUUUUCCUUAGCCUGUAGCAGCAGCCUGAUGGGCAGAAGCUGAGUAGGUGAAGAUUUUUUUCACUGUUUUACCUCUGUGCAAGGUAAAGCUUUACCUGUUAUAUACUGAAUAUUAUCUGGUCAGUAUUAAAGCCGCAGAUGCACUCUAGUAAAAGAGCUGGGGGUGGGGUGGUGGGGGGUGAAAGGGAGAGAGAAAGAGACAUAUGGGAGGCUAGUAUGCAUUAGCUGUUAAAGGCACAUAUAUAAUACAUCUAUUCUGAAUACUAAGUAUAGGAUCAAAUGUAA